AUGCAGAGGAUCUCAAUGCUGCACGCCGUAGCUUUCGAACGGGUGAAGAGUAUGAGCCGAGGUCUAGAGAGCAGAGGGUGUAAAGAGGAAGAGGUAGACAGAAUACGUCAGGAUGAAACGGAUCAGUAUGCAAGCAGCAGUGACAGUUCUGACAAUGAGAGUCCGUCCACCUCCUUCUGCUCUUCCAACAAGCAUGGAAGCAAACCUGGAACCCCUGCUCCCAUGCCCAAGAAACCAGCAGAGGUGUUCAGGAAAGACCUGAUCAGCGCCAUGAAGCUGCCAGACUCUCACCAUGUCUCCCCUGAAGACUAUUACUUGCUGGGGAGACACCUGGAGACAGGAGUGGGAGAAGGGGUGCAAGGUGCCGGCCUUCCCCGAAACCAUCCCACGCGCCUCCAUCAGGAACGUAGCGGAGAAGCCCAAGGAGACGUGUUCACCCUACAGAAGAGGUAUAUCCAGUGCUGGACCUCUACGGAGACGGAUACGUUAACAUCAAGGAGCUGGCUGAGGCCAUGUGCCUUAUGACCUGGAUAACAUGGACCUCUACUGGCUGCAGGCACUCAACGCUGAGCUGGAACACAUGGGGGAGGGCCUGUAGACGAGCUGACAAUGGAGCGCACCAUGGAGGCGUUGGAGCGUCAUUGCCAUGACAACAUGAACCACGCCAUCGACACGGUAGAAGGGCUGGGCAUCGAGUACGACGAGGACGUCAUCUGUGACGUUGUGUCGCUCUCCCCGACAGCGAGGAGGGCAACGACAUGGUCUUCUGUGACAAAUGUAACAUCUGUGUUCACCAGGCGUGUUAUGGUAUAGUGAAGGUACCAGAUGGUAACUGGCUGUGCAGGACGUGUGUCCUGGGCAUCGACCCCCAGUGCCAGCUGUGCCCCAUCAAGGGAGGGGCGAUGAAGGCUACGAGGGCGGGCACCAAGUGGGCACACGUCAGCUGUGCCC